CAAAGGGGAAAAAUUGAAAUUUGACUAAGGUUCAUCUCUGACAGCACAGGCAGCAGGGUACAGAUAAAGGAUCUGGAAGGUCCUGGAGUGUGGAGUGACCUGGGGGGAGGCAUGGUAGAAGAGGGGCUGUGGGUCAGUUGCUUCUUUUCAUCACCCCUCCCCCAUUCUCAGAAGCUCUUUGUGAUGAGGAGCCACAGUUCUGUGAUGUGUGCUAGGACCCUGGUCCCUUCUACAGAAAGGAACUCUCAGAGCUCAGUGUCCUGAGGGUAGCAGUGUGAGUCAUGAUGGAGGGACAUCUUCCUCCUCUGAAAGGUGUGAGUGCCACAUGGCUGCGCACCAGCUUCACUUCCUGGGUGGUGGACAUCAUCUUUCCCAUCCUGUGUGGAGUGGGGCUCUUUCUCCUGAUACUCCCCUGCCUCAAGAGUGACCCAUCCUCACCACCUGCUAGACAAAAGGGGAAUGUCAGGAAGAGUCAAGUGCAGAGAAGGGGAAAGAGCAGAAGCAGGAAGAAGAGCACCACUUUGAAAGCUUGUAGAGAGUUCCUGCAGGAAGCAGAGGAGGCACGGGGGCUGCUUUCACUUCUUCAAAGCCACCAGGGGAAGCCCCCUGACCAGGACAGAGCUCCUCAUCUCUUAUAUCAGGACUUCUUGGGAGAGCAGCAUGAACCAGCACUGGCCAGAGUCCACCAGCCUCAUGAGCGUGAUGCUUCACCUGCCAUCUUUACCUCGCCAGCUUCCCCAGCUCCUCUGCCUUCGGCCUCCUGCCUCUCACAGGAACCUCAUGAACUCCAUUCUGAUUUGCAGAGAAUCCCAGCUGGCCCUGUUCCAGAAAGCACCCCUCCAGGUAACUCCAAUUUGGCCUCUCUCAUCAUGGCCAUCUCAGGCCUUGACCACUUAAGUGGUUCAUUCUCACUCUUAUCCUGGUGGUGGGCAGCUGCCAAGACCUUUGUCUUCCUCAGUUCACUGCAUGGAAGAUCCCAGCAAGAGCAUGUUUCCCACCGUCCACAAGAGACCUCAUUCUGGGGUGAUCCCACAUGCAGGCAAUUGGAAGCUGAUGGCUCCUUGUUUGUCAGCUCUGAUGUUCGGAAGCUGCUAGAAAUACUCAUCUCCAAGAGAGUAGAACAGAUGUGGAAGGCAAAAGAAGAUGGGUCACUUCUGAAAGAAAUGCACCCAGGCCACUGCCUGAAUUCUUUGGGGAAUCUUUUGAGGUCCCCUCGUGAUAAGCAGGCUACCACCAUCUCACAGCCUUUAUGCGGGCUGAAAAACAAGCCAGUGCAGCCACUGCAUCCUCAGCAGCUCUCUUACCCUAAGGUCUUUGGGGAUCACUUGGAGCAGGAAUACAGCCAGCUUUUCUGGGGCCUCCCCUCCCUGCACAGUGAAUCCCUAGUGGCUAAUGCCUAUGUCUCCAGGAAGCCUCUCAAGUUCAAAAUUCCCUCAGUUAAAUUCAAUAUCAGCUCUAGUUCUCCAGUUCAAAUUCAGUCAUUGCCCCAACAUCUGGCCCAACCACACAAGUUAGAGACCCCACACCAUGUCCCAUGCUUUCCCACAAAACAACCAAUUUCAUCUCCAUCUGAGGUUAGGACCUGCAAAACAGCCUGCCCUACAUCCCAGCAGAGGGCACGAUCUAUCAUCCCAACCUAUAAUGAACAAAUGGAAUGGCCCUUUCAGAAGCCAGAGAAAGCAAGGAGGGCAAUACUUUCUCGUUGCCAAAAGUCUCAGGAACUCACUGGCCAACCCACUCUCAACCAUCCCCAGGGCAACCAGGAGGAUACAACAUCUUGUUGUACAUUUCAGGAGAAAACUGGCUCUAUCCUCUCAACUGAAAAUCAACAAAUUGAAUGGCCCUUGCAGAAGCAACAGGAACAGAGGAGGACUUUAGUCUCUCAUUUCCCGAACCCACAGGAAGUCACUGGCCAACCCACUCCCAAACUUCCCCAGGGCAGCCAGGCCUCCCACACCUACAAGGCUUCCUCCACUGUUCCUGGCUAUUCUAUUAGCUCUAAGCUCCGUGAGCCACCAAAACAGCAAAGUCAGGUGAGAUAUUUCAAAGAUAAAUGUCAAGAUGGUCCUCCCUACAGAGCCCAAGCAUCUUGGAAAGUGAUACAACCUCAAGAACAGUUCUUACAGACCUGUCAGUGCCAGGCAAAGGAUAGGCACCAGCACUGUCAGACCUGCCAGUCCAGUGUAUUUACAGGUAUAGGCAACAAUGAGGAGCAGAUUAUGGGGUCUAUGCGCUCUAGAAGAAUUUUUGGCAAGGGUUCGAUAAGGUUCAAACUAGACAAACCAAUCAAGAAUGUAGGGCAAGAUAGGAAAUGCUCAAAAGAUAUAGUCUGGAGUCCAGGUAGCACCUCAAUGAAGUUUCUGGAGAGUAAGAAAUCAGAAAGUUCUUUGACAACAUCUGGGAAGGGUGACUGUGAAAAUUAUGUAACCAAGAGCUCCAACAAGAAGCAUCUUGAAAAAAAUCUGAAAGCCCAUUUGGGCAGGAAGUUGGGGCAGAUCCAGGAGGGCAAGAUCCCUGUGAAAGUGCGUCGGUCCUUGUUUGCAGUCAACUGUGCUGCUCCCAAGUUUGACACCCAUCCAAAACCUAGAAAUUGCACCACCUCAAAAGGCCAGAGGUCCUUCACAGACACCACCAGGGAGCUUUCAUUUCUUGAUCCACACAUUCGACUGAUGCUAGAAACACACAUUAUAAGGUUCCGAGUGAGGCAAAAGUGGGGGCUACACCUCCAGGCUCUUGAGCCUAGAAAUCUCAAUUUAGGUGCAGUUCAAUCUUCAGCCCUUACACAGUCAGCCUUUUCAACCUCAGCUGUCCGUGAAUCUGGUGCCAAGUUGAGAGCCAAGGCUGCUGACUUCCUAAGAGAACUUCCUUGGAAAGGUCAAAGAGAGAAAGUUAUGACCAAAAAACCAGUUCCCACCCUAGAGAAGUGUCCACUUUCUCCCUCACCUACACAUAAGGAAGUCCAGAGGGCCCUAAAAGCCACGCCAUGUGGUAGUAACCGUAAGUCUUCAGUGGCUCCUCUGACUGGACAGCCAGGCAGGCUGCCUGCUCAGCCCCUCACUUAUAAUCUCCCAGGCAGAAACUGGCAGAGUCGCACUGUUCAUGGAGCUGGAAAAGACUGCUUAGAACUGAGUUCAAGGCAAGCCAUGACAAAGUAUGAGCCAUGGGAGGAUAGAGGAGACCUGGGCUCACCAGACCCUUGCUGCAGCACAAGAACAUUUAUGAUCAAUGCAGGAUCCCAAUCUCCAAGGGAGAAAAAGACCAAGGAGGCAGGGGAGGCUAAGGAGAAGGUCUCUACUUGGGAAGUCUCUGUGGGAACCAGUGUGGCAGCAAAGUCCCACAUUAAUGUGAGUCUGAAGAGUUUAGAAUCUCUGGGGAUGAAGAAAACACCCUCACCCUGUGAAAAUUCCACUGACCAGCAUCCAGGAGAACCAAGACAGAAAAGAAGGAUUACCAAGGAAUUGGAGCUCAAAGUGGAGGUAGAGUCAGAGAACCAGCCUCAAGACACAACCACCAACAUUAUCCAGCAAGAUAUACCCCCUGUGUUACUCUCUGAUACAGAUGUGCCCACAUCUAGGGGCCCACUGAGCAUCUCUCAGAGCGUGUCCACUAGUGACAUAUCAGCAGCUUUCCAGGAGCCAUAUGACCCUCUAUCAAGAAAGAGAAGCAGCCAAGGGCAGCAAGAACCCAGAAUCCCAAAAAUGAAGGACCCACAUAAGAGUGUGAUCAAAACAUUUGAUUCUCCUAACAGGAGAGAGGUCUGCAAGAGGCCUAAACCAGGAGAGAAAGAAAGGAUUGCAGGACAGAAGAUCCUCCCUGCCCAUGGGAGGAGCCACCCUGCCCAAGACAGGGAAACAGGAGACACCCUGGGGAUUAAGUCUUCCCCACUCCUGCCAAAGAAGGGACAGGUACCUCCAGAAAACCAUGUCAAGAAAAUGGUGUGCCUUAGCCCCAACAAAAAAGGCAAAGGGUGGGGAGAUUAUCUGCAAAAAGUGAAGCCAUCAUCUGCCAUUUCACAGAGCAAAGGAACAGUCAUAAGCAGAUAUUUUGUGGAGAAGAAGGAACAGGAGGCCCGGGCCAUCAUGACAUUUGUUGCCAAGAUUCUGGCAGACAAACUGAGGCUUCACUAUGGACGUGGUUCCUUAGAGUUAAGUUGGGCUAGGGAGGAUGCUCAGACUCUGGUGGGACGGAGGAGUCCUGGCCGCAAGAGUCCCUUAUAUCUAGAAGAAAGGAGAGUGGUGACAGAAGUGGAUUUUGGUCACCAAGUCAACCCCAAAGACCAAAGACAUCUCAUCAGCAAUAGAUGUGUCAGAGACAGGGACAGCAACUGGGACUCUCCACCCAGGAAGCCUGUGUCCCUAGGCAGCCCCUGCCAGGUCAGGCCAAGUGUGGCAGGUGCCUCUGGCCACCUUCAUCAUUACCCAACAGAGAGGGACCUUGAGAAAUGUGUCUCAUCUUGUCAACCAGGUCAUGAUUCCCACACCUUUUAUGGUGCAAAAACUUUUCUACUACAAAGAUGUCAGUUUGUGCAGAGAAAAGUUGUUUAGCCUCAUGUCAUUUGAUGCUCUGGGGACUGAUGGCUUCUUCUUAGAAAGGUAUCUCUUACUUCCUAAUACACAUGUAUUUUGUCCAGAGCUAGUGGCUUCUGUCUGUGCCAUGAUGGGGUGUAGGAAGGGGUCAGAGUAUGCUCUUCCUGACAUGGCUUCUAAAAGGUUUUGGGCAUGGAGGGAGCCUGACAGUGACGUUUCAGGCCCUCAUUCUAAAUUCCUGCAUGAUUCCUUAGGUUUUCACAAUCUAGUCAUUUGAGAAACUAGUAAUAAAGAGCCUUCAGGACUUCUCAGUUUGAGCAAACCUUAUGAAGACUUCACCCAGGAAUUCACUCAACUGAUCCUCCUUGCCUCCCCCUGACCUUGAACUUUUGUGCAGCUGUGGAAAGGCUUACACAGACAUUAUAGGGUCAAGAGGCUUCACACAUCACAAAGAGGGCACAAGAAGUUUACGGGGUGUCAUGAGUUGGUCAUGAGCUCAGAGGUGGGGAACACUUCCCUCACUGGUUCUCUUGGUAGGGAACAGACACAAACCUGCCCCAGGAGCCCCUUCUUUCUCAGAUGAGGGUUGAGAGAAAGAUGGGCCUUCCCAGCCUGUCUUGUCUCAGCCUUGAUGCCAUGACAGAAUCAUUCACUCUGCCUCCCUCUCUAGAACUGCGGCAAUGACAGAACCAGUAGCUCUGAGUGUGGCUGGGUGGGAGCUACAGGAUGGCUGCUGAGGGCCAUCCAGCCCCUGCAGAUACUUGCCUGCCUUCCUCUCUGUGCAAGGCUUCCUGUGUAGUAUCCACCUGAUGGUGGGCAUAGUGUCGUUGCUCCCCCAUUUGCUCAGGGAGGAAACUUCCUUCCCUUCACCACCAGUUGACCCCAUAACCAUAUCUCAUUGACUGAAGAAUCCCCAGCACUUCAAAUGAAAGACAAGAAAAGGAGGAAGAAAAGUUACCAUGGGAAGGGAGUAGAAACAUGAGAAAGAAGAGUCAUUAUCAACAAUUGAUUCCGUUCUCUAGCCAGACAUGUAAUUAACAAAUGUAAACCUUGAGGCAUAGAAAUGUUCCCCAAGCCAUACAUAUCCUCGCUUUCUUUUGACUCAGAACAAAUGCUUUCCACAUGGCAGCAUACAAUCUACAUGGAAGGAUUCUCUUCACAGACAGCCAGGAGAUAUCCUGAGGACACAUUAAUCAAGGUGAUAUCCCUGGGGGUAAUACUUCCUACACUACCAUUUAUGAUACAUAUUACCAUUUCAGCCCCCAAAGAAAUCUCUUCACCAUUUAGAUAACAUAUUUCAGAGUAAGGAAACCCUUCUAAUAGCAUUCUGUUAUUUUGAAUCAUGGUAUGGUUUACUAGGAAAAUCAUUACAAAUGAAAAUUUGACAUUUACUUCCAUGAACAACAGAGCAGCAUCUACCCUUCAAAUUAGUCAUCUCAGAAAUGUUGAAUAGUAAAGGCAAAGUACCAAAA